AUGAGGCCGUUAACCAAUGAAGAAACCGAGCAGGUAUUCUCUAAACUAGCAUCAUUUAUAGGCGAUAAUGUGGCGCUUCUUAUCGAGCGAGCAGAUGGUGACUACUGUUUUCGGAAUCACAAGUAUCGAGUGUGGCUAAAACCGAAUGCGGAGCAACAGUUCCUCUAUGGAAACAACAUUCUGAAAUCUGGAAUUGCACGAAUGACAGAAGGCAUACCAACUCAUGCUGGCAUUGUUGUCUACAAUAUGAAUGACAUGCCUUUAGGGUUUGGAGUGGCUGGAAAGGGAACAGCAGAAAGUAAGCGUGCAGAUCCAACCGCUAUUAUUGUCCUCCAUCAGUGCGAUUUAGGAGAGUAUAUUCGUUGCGAGAGUACGUUAACAUGA